UUUGGAGCCGCCGCCGCCGCCGCUCCGCCGCCGCUGCCCGCGCAGCCCCGGCCGGCCCAGCCCGCGGGCCCGGCCCGCAGCCCGGCCCGGCAGCGCCCGAGGGCAGCCCGGCACCCGCAGGAUUGGAAUCUUGCAAAGGAAUUCACACUGGAUGAAAACCAUUUCCUGAAGCUGGGUCUAUUCCAGGAACUGUAACCCAAAUGUUUCUCUGUCCGUGGAGGAGAUUUCACAUUUGAAGAAACUUCUACCGAAGCCAGUCGUGUCCCAUCACCAUGUUCUGGAAGUUUGAUUUGAACACAACGUCACACGUGGACAAGCUGCUGGACAAGGAGGAUGUGACCCUGGAGGAGCUGAUGGACGAGGAUGACGUCCUGCAGGAAUGCAAGGCCCAGAACCGGCGGCUGCUGGACUUCCUGUGCCAGCAGCGCUGCAUGGAGCAGCUGGUCACCCUCAUCACCCACGAGCCCCCCGUGGACAUGGACGAGAAGGUCCGAUUCAAGUACCCCAACACGGCCUGCGAGCUGCUCACCUCGGACGUGCCGCAGAUCAACGACAAACUGGGCGGGGACGAGACCCUGCUCAACAUCCUCUACGACUUCCUGGACCACGAGCCCCCCCUGAACCCCCUCCUCGCCAGCUUCUUCAGCAAGACCAUCGGGAACCUCAUUGCACGCAAAACAGAACAGGUGAUCUCAUUUUUGAGGAAAAAGGACAAGUUCCUGAGCCUGGUGCUAAAGCACAUCGACACCUCUGCCAUGAUGGACCUGCUGCUGCGCCUCAUCAGCUGCGUGGAGCCCACGGCGCUGCGCCAGGACGUGCUCAACUGGCUGAAUGAAGCCAGGAUUAUCCAGAGACUCGUGGAGCUGAUCCAUUCGAGCCAGGAUGAGGAUAGGCAAUCCAACGCUUCCCAGACCCUGUGUGACAUCAUCAGGCUGAGCAGAGACCAGAGCACUCAGCUCCAGGAUGUCCCGGAGCCAGAUCCACUUCUCACAGCACUGGAAUCGCAGGAGUGCGUGGAGCAGCUCCUCACCAACAUGUUCGACGGGGAGCAGAGCGAGACCUGCAUCGUCAACGGAACCCAGGUGCUCCUGACGCUGCUGGAAACGCGGCGCUCCGGAGUGGAAGGCCUGAUGGACUCGUACACUCAGGGAUUCGAGAGGUCUUACACUGUCAACAGCAGCAUCUUACACGGCAUCGAGCCCCGGCUCAAGGACUUCCACCAGCUGCUGCUGUGCCCGCCCAAGAAACCGGCCAUCCUGACCACGCUGGGGGUGCUGGAGGAGCCGCUGGGCAACGCGCGGCUGCACGGCUCGCGGCUGAUCGCGGCGCUGCUGCACGCCAACACGCCCAGCAUCAACCACGAGCUCUGCCGGCUGGGCACCCUGGACUUGUUACUUGAUUUAUUUUUUAAAUACACGUGGAAUAACUUUUUGCAUUUCCAAGUGGAGCUGUCCAUAGCAGCCAUCCUGUCGCACUCGGUGCACGAGGGCAAGCCCAGCCCGGGGGAGCCGGGCAGCAAAGAGGAGGCUGCGAGCGGGAGCGCGGCCCCGGAGCCCGCGGAGCCCCCACAGCCCCCGCAGCCCCCGCAGCCCCCUGCCAGGGGCACCGAGAACCUCAUGGUCACCCACCUGUUCCAGAAGUGCUGCCUGGUGCAGAGGAUAUUGGACGCCUGGGAAGCCAAUGACAAAAUCCAGGCAGAGGGCGGCAGGAGGAGAGGGAACAUGGGGCACCUGACCCGCAUCGCCAACGCCGUGGUGCACAACAUGGAGAAGGGGCCCAUGCAGGCCCAGAUCAGUGACUUCAUCAAAGAGCUGCCUGAGGACUGCAGGGGCAGGUGGGAGAGUUUUGUGGAGGAGACGCUGACGGAGACAAACCGGAGAAACACGGUGGAUCUGGUGAGCACCCACCACCUGCACUCCUCCAGCGAGGAUGAGGACAUUGAAAAUGCUUUUCCCAACGAGCUCACUCUCCAGCAGGCCUUCUCCGAGUACCAGAUCCAGCAGAUGACGGCCAAUUUUGUGGAUCAGUUUGGCUUCAAUGAUGAGGAGUUUGCAGACCAGGAUGACAACAUCAACGCUCCCUUUGACCGCAUCGCCGAGAUCAACUUCAACAUCGACGCUGACGACGACAGCCCCAACGCCUCCCUGUUCGAGGCCUGCUGCAACGAGCGCAUCCAGCAGUUCGACGACAACGAGGAGGAGGAGGAUAUCUGGGAGGAGAAGGACAUCUCCUACGCCACCCAGGUCAAGUCCAGGACACGGUUUGGAGCCUCACAGACGUCAGAGAGCUCCAAGAGUGACCUGGAGAACGGGGACCACGACGGCAGCGUGGACUCGGAGGAGGAGGAGGAGCGGCCCCCACCCCCCUCCCCACACAAGGGCAGCGCCCCGGAGCAGAAGGACUCAGACUCCUGCCAAGGGGCUGGCUGGACGGCCGUGUUCGAGCCCGCGGGCCCCACGCCGCCCGUGGCCAUGGACGUGGGCUCCAGCGUGUGGGACUCGGCCGCCCCGCAGAGCAGCGCCCCGGAGGAGAAGGGCUGGGCCAAGUUCACAGACUUCCAGCCUUUCUGCUGCUCCGAGUCGGGCCCUCGCUGCAGCUCCCCCGUGGACACCGAGAGCGGCGGCACCGACGGGACCCCGGCGCAGGGCCAGGACAAGAACUCCAGCACUGCUGCCUCUCCCUGUGUGUGGAACGCGUGUGGGACACGGAAGGCACCGCUGGUGGCCUUGGACAGCAGCUCCUCGGGCAGCUCCGAGAGCGACGACGACGACGACGACAAGGCCAAGGCUGGCACGGAAUCCACGGCACAGGAGCCCAGCAAGGACAGGGCAGCUCCCUCCAGUGGCUCUGACGGAAAGGCUCCGGAGAUGCUUCCCGCGGGCGACUCCGGUGCCCCCCGUGCCCGGAACAGCGCGGCCACGCACACGGACGGGCACCAGAGAGUGGCCACUGCUGUCACAACUGCCACAGAAACGGCCACGAGAGACAGGAGUGACGAGGCCUUGCCCUGCACCGAAGCCACGUUGAACGGCCCCGCUUGAUGCCGCCGCCGCCCUGGGACGUGUGUGAGCCAGGCCAGGCUGCUCCCUGGUGAUGCAAUUUGUCAAUUCUUUAUUAUUUUUUUUUUCAUUUUAAUUUUAUUUUUUAAUAAAUGCUGCAUUGAUGAGAGCGAGCUGGCGUUCAGGACCAGACACGCAGAUCCAACAGCACCGAUCCGUUCGGAAAGACACUCGGCAUUGUCGAAAUGUAGCAUUGAGUUCAGUCCUCACGGGAAUGACGGGCUCUUCCCAAGCCUUCUGCCUGAUUUGAGUUGUCCCCUUCCCCGUGCCCCUGGUUUUUGUUUUGGAUUUGGGGUUCAGUGCUGUUUUCCCAGUGUUAUUGCACACAGUAUUCAGCUUCUCUUGGGAAGGUAGCAGGUCCAGCGGCGGCCGGGGCCAGCGCACAAAUCCCGCAGCCGUGUGACCAAAGUUCCUGAUGGAGCUGUCCUCGGGCAGCCUUUGCACCGCUUUGUAGAGCAAUAAAGCCUUACCAGAAACAUUUCACAGGA